UUUCUGAAAAAAAAAAACAAUUUCCAUAAUCCACAGACUUCAUCAAACACAAAAAUAUGUUUCUGAUUUCACAUCAUCUUCGUCUCUUCCAACACUAACGUUGACAUUCACAUAUCUUGGCAGCCGUCGUUGUUUACAGUUGAAGCCCUUCCCUUGUUCGCCGACUAUCUCACCUGCGAUGCAAGGCAUGUUGAGGCCCGGCGAGACGAGGCAGACAGCCCCCCAGCCUCUACUCCGUCGCAACAACGCAGCAAAUCGACAACAAACUUGGGGAAUUUGGGGAAGAGGAUACGAUGUGCACAGUGCACAUAAGGUGCUCGAUGAAAUGCCCGAAUCAAUGGAUGCAGUUUUCAAGGCUUUUGAGAAGAUGUCUAAGCCAUGGAUGACCGUUAUCAAUCUGGUUGAUGUCCAUUCUGGUGAUCUUUUAGCUGUUUCAAAGAUUCUUAGAGUAUCCAAAUACUUGACUAUUCUGUAUUUCGUAUACAAGAACAUUGUAUUUGGGCUUACGUUAUUCUACUAUGAACUCUAUUCCAAAUUCUCGGGGGACGUGUUACAUGACGGAUGGUAUAUGCUUAUGUUCAUCCUGAUGUCCGUGAAGAGACAAAGAGACAGAAAAACAAGGCAUGUCCUUUGA